AUGAGCCCGCACGGCGGCGGCGACGAUGGACGCGACGGCGACGGGCUCCUCUUCGCCGGCGUCCGCUUCGCGCUCGUCGGCUUCGACCCCGUCACCGAGUCCCAGUACCGGGCGGACAUGGUGGAGCGCGGCGGCGCGGACGCCGGCGGGUACGGCGAGGCAGGGUGCACCCACGUGGUCGUCUUCGGCCUCGUCUACGACGACCCGGUGUGCGUGGCGGCGCGGGGAGCCGGGAAGAAGGUGGUAACCGAGCUGUGGGUCGACGACACCUUGGACACCGGAGUGAUGGCCGAUGCCGACCGGGUAAUAUACAGGCCAGUGAGAGAUCUGAAUGGCAUACCGGGCAGUCGGUCGCUUAACAUUUGCCUGACAGGGUACCAAAAGGAUGGGCGCGAAGACAUAAUGAAAAUGGUUAGCUUAAUGGGAGCGCGGUUUUCCAAGCCUUUGAGAGCAGACGCGGUCACCCAUCUCAUUUGCUAUAAAUUUGAAGGUGAGAAGUAUGAACUUGCCAAAAAGGUGAACAUCAAUCUUGUUAAUCACCAGUGGUUGGAAGCUUGCUUAAAGGCUUGGGAAAUUCUUCCAAUUGAUAAUUAUAGAAAAAGUGGUUGGGAACAAGAGAUGAUGGAGGCGCAAGUUGAGGAUUCUGCAGAUGAAGCAGAAGAUGCUGCCAGAGUCUUAUCUCGUAGUAGAGGAAUUGCCAGAAGAGCCCCUAUUACAGAGAUUAGAAUGGCAACUCAUGUUGAUCCUGAUGUCUACGCCCCCAUUCGUGAUCCUACUGUCUCUCUUGGCAAUGCCGAGGUUGCUGCAGGAAGACACUUGGACACUCUGAAACAGGUUAGCAAAACAGAAGAUGUAUGGGAAAGGUCCAUUCGGAGCACUCAUAACACAAAUGGUGUGACAAAUUCUGCUGAUACUGAGGCACGCAAUUCAGUCCAUUCUCCUAUUAACCCCUGUAGCAAUGAAAAGGCUCCUGGAGAUCACAUCACCAGAGAUGAAGUAAAAAAUGGUGAUAAGGGGCCAGUUGACGCUAGGGCAAGUGCCCUUCCUACCAUCAACACAAAUGGGGCCACAGAAUGUGCUGAUCAUUUUGUACAUCAACCAACCGUGAUACCUGCUAUUCCAGUGGUCGACAGAGACAACAUUGAUGAAAAAUAUUUGGAUAGUUCUGACCUGCUCAUUGCCAAAAGUGUUCAGUUGCCAACACCUUCUGCAGAAAGUCUCUUGGAGAAACCAUUGCAUUCAUCAGAUAUGACUGGAAAAGUGGAUCAUAAGGAUAAUGGACCUGUAGCUAAUCUUGUUGACGGAGUUGGUCAAUCAAAUGCAGAAGGAAAUAUAACCUUGUUUAAGGCCAAUUCAGUAUCAGCAGGCAGUUCUGCAUCAAAGAAUUCCCCAAUCUUGGGGUACUCCAGAAGGCGUUCUCGGAAGUCAGUGUCACCAGGAACUAAUUUAAGUUCAGCUCACCAAACAGCAUCUCUCCAGAGCUACGAGAUAAAUUCACCAAAUGUUGAGUUUAGUAUCUCUCCGUCAACGAAGAGCAAUCAUACAAUUAGCAAGCUUGCUGAUGCCAAAAGCCUGAGAGACGAAGCAAUAAAAUGUGUGGAUAGAUCAGACAUUGUACUUGCUCAGACGAACAGUGGGCUUUCUUCAGCCAGUCCAUUAUCGCUAAAUGGAGGCACAGACUCAGCUACCGGAACUGCACAUAUUCCUCUCCCAAGCAGAGAAAAUGCAUCUGAAGCAGCAACAGUUUCUGAUCUGGCAAAAAAAUCUACUGGAUCUCAACCCAUCAAAGUUAAUGGUGACCUAAGCGUUGAUGUUACUGUGAAUCAUACGGUGAGUCAAAUGUCUGGCUCUUCUAAAAAGAAGGUGUUGAGCUACAGGAGGGCUUCUUUGAAGCUUGCAAAGUCUCCUGAAGUAGUAGAAAAGCUUCCUGAAAUUUUUGCUAAAGAGGUGAUUAUAGAGUCACUAGCUAAAGCAAAGGAACUGGCACAGCAUGAAGUGGCAGCAGAGAAGGCAUGUGCUAUUAGCCCUUCUAUGGAUUCUGAAUUUGAGAAGGGCAGUUCAAGUUUCUCUCGUCAAAAUUGGAAUAUAGAGACGAGUAACGCACCACAGGUUAAUAGCAUUGAAGUGGUGGAGAUUUCUCAUGCAACCAUGGAAGCAGGUGCUAUGAAAGUCUCGACUUCUAGAGUGAAGAGCACUGGUGCUAAGAGGUCUAGAAAUGCUACUAAUGGAGCACACACUGCAUUUGCAAGUCGUAAACGUGAGAUUGCAACAUCGAAGUCCAAGCACAAUAUUGGUGCAGUUAUUUCCCAUGAAAAUAUAGAAGCAGAUAAAGAAAAGGACUGUACCAGUCCAAACGCAGCUGAAUGUACAACAUCCUUUCCUGAAGAAAUCCUGAGCAGUAAAGCAAGGAGUGUUUCCACAAGCUCUCUGAAUGCUGACAGGAAGAUGGCUAUGGCUGGUGCACCAACCGCUGAUAAUGCUGGUACAGUAUCGUUGAAGUCAAAUUUCAGUGAGGCAGCUCCUCAAGCAGACACUGAAAAGAAGCUGUUGAGCUACAGGAGGGCUUCUUUGAAGCUUGCAAAGUCUCCUGAAGUAGAAAAACUUCCUGAAAUUUUUGCUAAAGAGGCGAUUAUAGAGUCACUAGCUAAAGCAAAGGAACUGGCGCAGCAUGAAGUGGCAGCAGAGAAGGCAUGUGCUAUUAGCCCUUCUAUGGAUUCUAAAUUUGAAAAGGCAAGUUCAAGUUUCUCUCGUCAGAAUCGGAAUAUAGAGGCGAGUAACGCACCACAGGUUAAUAGCAUUGAAGUGGCAGCUACGGGCUCACAACAUGACAGGGAGGUUUCUCAUGCAACCGUGGAAGCAGGUGCUAGGAAAGUAUCAACUUGUAGAGUAAAGAGCACUGGUGCUAAGAGGUCUAGGAAUGCUACCAAUGGAGCACACACUAUAUUUGCACGUCGUAUACGCGAGACUGCAACAUCUGAGUCCAAGCACGAUAUUGGUGCAGUUAUGUCCCAUGAAAAUGUAGAAGCAGAACCAGAAAAAGAUUGUAGCAGUCUGAACGCAGCUGAAUGUACAACAUCCUUUCCUGAAGAAAUCCGGAGCUGUAAAGCAAGGAGUGUUGCCACGAGCUCCCUGAAUGCCAACAGUGAGAUGAAUGGUGUACCAGGAGCUUCAAAGCUGGAGUUCGCUAAUUUGAUUUCGCAGGGAAAUAUAAACAAAAAACCUAGGAGGCUUCCAAGCAGUGCAAAUGAUAAUAACUAUCAAAGGGGUUCAUCUGAGAAGGUUUCAAGUGCCAUAGAAAGGAGUGCUGUUGCAAACGUGCCUCAGCCUGCUGACAUGAAGAUGGUUUUGGCUGGUGCACCAACCGCUGAUAAAGCUGAUACAGUAUCGUUGAAGUCGAGUUUUAGUGAGGCAGUUCCUCAAGCUGACACUGAAAAGCUUUCAAGCAGUGCAAGUGCAGAUAACCAUGAACCAUGUGCACCUGAUAGAGUACCAAAGAACAGAGUGCGCAAAGCAGUUGCCAAAAGGAAAGUUUCUGGCGCACCACACUACAUACCAUUUGAAGCUGAAGUUCUGGCAAUAAAACAGGCUGCAGAGAGCUCCACAAAUGCUGGCAAGGCAAUGGGUAGUAACGAUCUCCAGAGUGCGAAUAAGGAUGGUAUGGCAAAUGAAGCUGGAUCAUUUUGCAAAGAUUCCUUUGAAGACAGAUCAAAAGAUAUGCAGAACAUUAGACCAAGGAGCAGCAAAAAGAAAAAGGUUGUAGAUGCAAUGGAUGGUUCUAUCGACCUUAACAAGGAGAAUAUACCAGUCAAUAAUAACCUCAUUCUUAAAUCAAAGAAUGGAAAUAAAUGUGUGGGUUCUAAAUGUAUCAAAAAAUCAGUACAAAAUGGGAAAGGUGCGCUUUGUGACCGCAGUAUGAGAGAAGGAAAUGAUUGUGAAACUUUGUCCUUGUUGGAACCAACAUGGUUUAUCUUAGGUGGACAUCGCCUACUGAGAAAGGAUUAUAUGUCAAUACUUAGACGGCUGAAGGGAAGAGUAUGCAGGAGCUCACAUCACUGGUCUUUCCAAGCGACACAUCUUAUUGCGCCCGAGCUCCGCAGAACUGAAAAGUUCUUUGCAGCUGCCGCAGCUGGGAGGUGGAUACUCAAGGCUGAUUACUUGACUGCUUGCAAUGAGGCUGGCAAGUUUUUAGAGGAAGAACCAUUUGAGUGGCAUGGUGAUGGCCUUAACAACGGCGAUACGAUAAGUCUGGAUGCUCCAAGAAAAUGGCGCCACCUAAGGCAGCGCACUGGCCAUGGCGCCUUCCAUGGGAUGAAGAUCAUCAUAUACGGAGAGUGCAUUUCUCCAUCACUGGACACGAUGAAGCGUGCGCUGAGGGCUGGCGAUGGCACAAUUUUAGCAACCUCCCCGCCUUACACCCGACUACUGAAACACGACGUCAGUUUCGCCGUCGUGUCUGCAGGCGUGGCAAGCACAGACGAAUGGGUUCAAGAGUUCAUGAACCACAACAUCCCCUGCGUCAGCGCGGACUACCUGGUGGAGUACGUGUGCAAGCCCGGCCACCCUCUGAGCAAGCACGUUCUCUUCAACAUGCACGACCUGGCAGAGAAGUCCCUGCAGAAGAUACAGAACUCUCAGCCCAGCGCUGGCACCGGAGAGGGAGACGACUCUGACCCAAGCUGCUCUGCCUGCGGAUCGAGCAACCGGGAAGGGACUCUGAUGCUGAUAUGCAGCGGCAGCCAGGGGAACAGGGCUGGCUGCGGUGCUGGGAUGCACAUCGACUGCUUGAACCUGAGUUCUGAAGCCGCUGCACCAGACGGUGACUGGCUGUGCCCCAAGUGUGACGACGGGCAAGCGAAGCCGCCUGCGAAGAAGGCCAAGAAAGGUGCCAGGAAACUGAAGCCCAAAGCGCAGAUGAGUUCUUGUGAUGUGUUAAUAACGUUAUAGCAACAUCCUCGAAGAAAGAAUAACGUUAUAGCAAUGCCUGAUGUCUGAUAGUGAUAUGUAAAUACGUGGUACCAGGAUUCAGAUUAGAGGUGGGUUGGCUUCCAUCAUCUGGGAAUGGAAUCAAAUAACUUAUUCGUGAUUCUGAUGAAUCAACUUGUUUGUCUGCCACGGAAUUGGUAUUGGAAUUCUAUUGAGAAUUCCAUGUAUUCCAUCCCAUGUUUAACCUUAAAUUUGUGU